UUCCAGUCACUGCUUCUCCUUGCAAAAAGCUGUCAAUAUACUGCCAAGCUCUCUCUCUCUCUCUCUCACACACACAGUUAUUUCGCAGUGUGAAGUAAUCCAGGUAAGCUCAAUGCUUGGUAAUUCCUUCUGAUGAAUUUAAUUGUGAUUUCUCAAAAUGGAUGGUCUCGCUCUCACCACUGCCACCACCACUCUUCUCAAUUCCUCUACCAUUCGAUGCUUUGUCCCUUCCUUUUCGCGUCAUAGAAGAUAUGCAAACCUUUCUUUCCCUCGAAAACCUAAGAAAUUAAUAGUCUUUGCAUCUAAAGAUGACCCCAACCUCGACCAGUGGGACCAAAUGGAGCUCAAGUUUGGCCGAUUGCUUGGAGAAGACCCAAAACUCACUCUAGCCAAGAUCAUGGGUAGGAAAUCAAACCCAGAUAUGUCUUCUCUGGACAUUGAGAAAUUGUAUGACAAGAACAAGGGUGAAGUUUUAAAUAACGAAGAAGAAGAGGUUCCAUUCAAUUUAUUGGAGAAAGGGAAAUCAGUGAAUUCACUGGAUGGAUUGAAUUUGGCUCGACCUGUGCCUAAGAAAGGAGUCAAAUUUCAAUCUGACGAUAAACCAAUGGUAUCCCGGGUGAAGAAACCAAGUCCAAAGGUUUCAAAUGAAGUGGAAAAUACUAAAAAAAGUGUUCCUAAUGUUAUUUUGCGAAAGCCAACUAUGUUUGAAGACGAUGAUGGGAUGGAGAAAUCGUCGAGGUUGAGAAUUAAACCAAAUUUGUCACUGAAAAUGGGUAAAGAACAGAACAAAGAGAGGUUUAGUGAUAUGACAUUGUUGAAGAAACCUGAGCCUGUGAAAAUCGAACCCAAUCUUGAAGAAAAUAGUUCGAAAAGUGUAUCUAUGUCUGCUGGAACAACUAAUGAUGUUGCACUCUUGGAAAAGCCGGAGCUGAAUGAUGUAAGUUUGAAUACUGAACCAGAACAAAAAUCUUCUGUUGAUUGUCAUUUGAAUAGUGGAAACUCAUCAACCAAUCUUGACCAAACUCUGGAAACUGAGAAUCUCUCACUCUCUAAAGAUUCUGGGCCAGAGAAUGACUCCGUGGCAGGAUUACAGAUGCUUGAGCAGACAGAUAUAGGGUCUGCUGAGAAAAGUUCUGCUACAAAUGGAUCAUCUGAAAGAAAAUUAGCAGAUUCUAGCAGCAGGAUUUCUGUAGAAGCUGCCCUGCAAGGAAAACCAAAAAAAUUAGACCAUUAUGUUAAAGGAGCCUCAAAUAUAAGUAGAGAGCAAAUGGUUCUUGUGAGUCCUGAAAGUUAUGGCAAUUUUGUGGAGCUUCAGAACUUCCUUGAAACCUCUCCCAUAAAGGAAAGUGAAGAUAUUGACUGGACAAGGGCCGAAAAUCUUAUUAAGACUGAAGGAAGAGUAGAAGUGGAAUUGAUUAGCUCUAGCACAAGAGGAUUUGUCGUAUCCUUUGGUUCUCUGAUAGGAAUUCUACCAUACCGCAAUCUUGCUGCCAAGUGGAAGUUCUUAGCUUUCGAAUCAUGGUUGAGGAAGAAAGGCUUAGACCCAUCCCGCUACAAGCAAAAUUUAGGCAUUAUUGGCAGUUAUGAGGCUGCAAGCAAGACUAGUUCUCUUGGUUCAAGCAUAGAACCACGAGUUGAUCAUAGGGCUGAGGGGGAAGUUCCACCGGACAUGAAACUUGAAGAUCUUCUUAGGAUUUAUGACCAAGAGAAACUUAAAUUCUUGUCAUCCUUUGUUGGUCAGAAAAUCAGAGUGAGUGUGGUGUUAGCGGACAGAAAAUCUAGGAGGCUAAUAUUUUCGGUGAAGCCAAAAGAAAAGGAAGAAUUGAUUGAGAAAAAGAGAAAUCUCAUGGCUAAACUCAGCAUUGGGGAUGUUGUAAAAUGUUGCAUCAAAAAGAUUACUUACUUUGGAAUCUUUGUAGAGGUUGAAGGAGUACCAGCGCUGAUCCACCAGACUGAAGUGUCAUGGGAUACCACUUUAGACCCUGCAUCGUAUUUCAAAAUUGGUCAGAUUGUGGAGGCGAAAGUUCACCAAAUAGACUUUUCACUUGAGCGUAUUUUUCUAUCCUUAAAAGAGAUAACGCCUGAUCCGCUCAUAGAGGCCUUGGAGGUUGUAGUGGGUGAUAAUGAUUCCUUAGAUGGGAGAUUAGAAGUAGCCCGAGAAGAUACUAAGUGGGAUGAGGUGGAAUCAAUUAUCCAAGAACUUCAGCAAGUUGAAGGGAUCCUAUCUGUAUCAAAAGGCCGUUUUUUCUUGAGCCCUGGUUUGGCCCCAACAUUUCAGGUUUAUAUGGCAUCCAUGUUCGAGAAUCAAUACAAGUUACUUGUCCGAUCAGGAAACAAAAUACAAGAGGUGAUAGUUCAAACAACCUUGGGCAAAGAAGAGAUGAAAUCUGCAAUUUUAACCUGCACCAACAGAGUUGAGUGACUGUCCUCUGCUCGUUUCAUUUUUGCAUUUCCGUAGUCGAGCUGGCCGACCAACUGAGUUCUUCAGUGAUUACAGUGGAUUGAAUCUUAAUUCCUCUUGGUAUUUCUUCACAAUAAUGCCAUUUUCACUCGUCAGUUGGAGGCCCUAUAUUGUGGAAGAGAUUUAAAAAUGUAAGUACAGUUUAUUUAAGCAAUGAUUUUUUUUUUUUGGGCUAGUGAUUCAAUUAUACAAACAAUUUAUUGAUCAGCUUUCUUUGUAAUUUCCCCCACUCAAAUGAGUGGAAAGUUUUAUCAUUUGUUGGUGCACUGUUAUUUUUUUGUCUAUUUGAUCUAAAAUUUAAGGCCCGUGAUAUUUCUAAUUUAUGUCAGUUUUCUACAUGUUUGACAGGAGAGAAAAAUAGAAUGAUGGAAAGUGGAUGUGUCACAUUUUAUAUCCUUUAAAGGAGAAAUCUGUCAUUUCCUCCUUUGUGUUUGAUAGAAAAAAAUUAAAAGUAGAAAAAAUUAAUUUUUGUGUGUUUGGUAGGAUGCGAAAGUGGAAAGAUGAAAAAAGUAAUAUAUGUAUAUAUUAAAUGAUAUAAAAGUAAAUAAUAUAUAUUUUAACACAUAAUUAUUUUUUUUUUCUAAUUUUGUAGGGGUAGAUUUUGUUAAGUUAAAAAAAAAUUAAUUCAUCAAUUUCUCUAUUUUUUAUACUUUUUCUCAUAAAAAAAAUAGGGGUAAC